CGUGUGUUAGCGCUGUCGCUGGAUUUGGCAGCUAUUUUCUUAUGAGGUGUUAUGAUGCGAACUUGUAUAGUACAAUAGUAAAGCAAGAGGCAAGUAUCGAGGACAUUUUGCAUAGCUUGAAGUGGAGAACCCUGCUUGGAGGAUAUCGAGCAGAAGUUGCAUCAUGUUCCGAGCAGGGACAGCGCUGGUACACUCCUGGGUUUGUCACGAAGAGAUCCUAAAUACUCUGCAAUCAGCAAGAGUUUGAUUAACUUUUUAAGCUGUAUAAAAGCACCGGAGCUAAUCUGAAUACAUUUGUCUGCACUGUGACUCUCUGUACCCUAGCAUUCUUCAUCAAGAAAUGGUGGUUGAGUACCAUGCUGUCACACAAAACCUCUACGGUUGUUUAACAGUAUGUGGUGAAAAUAUUUUCUUCAUUGAAGGAGAUGGCAAAACUCUCCAUCAUCAGUGUAAAAUCCCCCGCUAUCAGUGCAAAAUCCCCCGUUAUCAGUGCAAAAUCCCCCGCCAUCAGUGCAAAAUCCCCCGCCAUCAGUGCAAAAUCCCCCGCCAUCAGUGCAAAAUCCCCCGCCAUCAGUGCAAAACCCCCCGCCAUCAGUGCAAAAUCCCCCGCCAUCAGUGCAAAAUCCCCCGCCAUCAGUGCAAAAUCUCCCGCCAUCAGUGCAAAAUCCCCCGCCACCAGUGCAAAAUCCCCCGCCACCAGUGGAGACUCCGCCACAACCAGUGCAAAAUCCCCCGCCAUCAUUGCAAAAUCCCCCAGUGCAACGUACCCCGCCACCAGUGCAACGUACCCCGCCACCAGUGCAACGUACCCCGCCACCAGUGCAACGUACCCCGCCACCAGUGGGGACUCCAACAAAGGGCAAGACAAAGACACACAAUUCAUACCAGUCUUGCCAGAUUUCAGAGGAUUGAUAAUCGGGUUUAAGGGAAACCAAAUUGAAAAGCUCAGAGUCAAACACCAAGUCUAGGCCUAUAUGGAUUUCAACGCAGAUGGCAUCACUGUCACGGGAACCAAAGACGGAGUGGCAGGAUUCAUUGCUGAGGUGAAUCAUGUCAUCGAAACCGCUGAUAGUAGGAAGACGGUGAAGGAAAUCUUCGAGAUUUAGAAUUAAUAUAAAGGUUUUAUUCUGGGCAAGCAAAUGAGACGCUACAACGAGCUAGCCUGGAAAUACCAAGUUACCGCAGACUUUUCUUAGGACAAUGUCGCAAUCGUUACUGGAUAACGCAUGUAGGUUCUUGACUUCAUUGCACAUGUAAAGUCUUUGCUGUCAACCUUUGAAAAAAAUUUGCAGCAACACGUCACGAAGAGUUUCCCCUUUGACGAGAAAGAUAAAGCUCUCAUUAUUGGCCAUAAAGGUCAUCGGAUUAGAACGUUAUGCAUAGAUCACGGUGUAACGGUGAAAAUGGUUCCUAAUGAGGGUUUAUCCGUUAGGGGCAUGGAAUCUAACAUUGAUGCUUUCAUGUCUGCCGUGUGGGGCACUCUCAGAAACUCCCCCGUCAACGUAGCAGGAAAUACCCCCGUCAACGUAGCAAGGAAAAAUACCGUCAACGUAGCAUGGAAAAAACCCGUCAACGUAGCAAGAAACCUCCCCGCCAACGUAGCAGGAAACCCCCCCGUCAACGUAGCAGGGAAAAAACCCGUCAACGUAGCAGGAAACCCCCCCGCCAACGUAGCAGGAAACCCCCCCGCCAACGUAGCAGG